ACGCUUCCACGUGGAGUGUGCAGAGCGAGCGCGUGCACGCGGAUGCCCAGAAAGCGAUGCGUGAACGCGCCUACACUUGCCGGCGCAGAAGGAGAUGCGCAUGUGACGACGUUUUUUUUUAUUUAUUUUUUUAAAUCAUCUCACACGGACACAAUCUGCCACAGACAGAGCGAAGAGCAGGUCCGUUCUCAAAUGAUCAGCUGGAAUUAAGUGCGUGGAUCGUGGCGUGUGCUUAUAGAUCCUCCCACUAGCAUCCCUGGAUUUAUAAAGGCACACGCCGUAGGCGGUCGUGAUCACGGAACAGCGUGGAGGAGGAGACCAUCCCAAGAGCGUGCCAGCUUUGGCUCCAGCCAUGCCUCUUCUGGAAGAAACCACUCACCCACAAGAACCCCCGAUAAUUGUUCCUGUCAUCAUUAUAGGCAAUGGACCAUCAGGUAUCAGUCUGUCUUACCUGUUAAGUGGCAACAAGCCCUACCUAGACCCGACAACGGUCCACCCAAACCCGAUACUCUACAGAAAACUGCAGGAGACCAAACACCUUGCCAUCACUGAACAGGAUCUGGAAUAUUUGAGCGAAGGUCUUGAGGGACGGUCGAGGAACACCGUGGCACUGCUAUUCGACACACUACUGCACCCAAAUGCCGACUUUGGCUAUGAGUAUCCUCCGGUGCUUCAGUGGAGGAGAGAGAAACAGCAACACAUCCCACAUCUGGUCUUAGGGAAGGCCACGCCUGGAGGAGCAUGGCAUGCAAUGGAAGGCUCCAUGCUGACCAUCAGUCUUGGGAUCUGGAUGGAGCUUCCUGGAGUCAACUACAGGGACUUGAUCGGUGGAAACCGAAGGGAUGUGACUAAUGACAGGGCCACGCCUGAGGAGAUAUCAUCCUAUUACCGCAACUACGUGAAGCUAAAAGGCCUCCAAAAGAAUUUUGUCGACAACACUUACGUCACGUCAGUCCAAAGACUCUGCCGGGGCCACAAGAUGGAGAAUCUGGAAAACGGACUCAGUCGUCUCGGAGACCAAAGAGUGGAUGAUUGCGGAGAUGAGACCUUUGAGGGAAAUGGAGUAGAAAGUGUCAGCGAUGGAGCUCUAGGGUCUCUUUGGGAAGUAAGGGGAUAUCAACAAGUGCAGAACAACACUCACGUUCCUUUCUCGUUGUUUGCCGAGAACGUAGUUCUGGCCACCGGCGCAUCCGAUUCACCGGUUCGAUUAAACGUAGAGGGAGAGGACCUCCCAUUUGUGUUCCACAGCGUCUCUGACCUGGGCUUGGCUAUCAGCUUGCAAAAACUGGACAGAAACUCAGACCCCAUACUAAUAGUCGGCGCCGGUUUAAGUGCCGCCGACGCGGUUCUGUGCGCUUGUAGCCACAACGUCGGAGUCCUGCAUAUCUUUCGAAAGAACGUCGAUGACUCUGAUCUUAUUUUCAAACAGUUGCCAAAGACCUUGUACCCGGAGUACCACAACGUCUACAACAUGAUGUGCUCACAGACCUACACAAACGUGGAUCCCUCAACCAGGGCUCAAACAACGAGUAUGGCUUCUUCAGUUUGUGCAAAGAUGUGCUCCAAGUCGCAAUUGGCCACUAACGCCGGCGUCGGCCUCUUUCCCGACUACACGAGUUUCCCGGGACACUGCGUGGUGUCCUUACAGCCGGAUAUGAAGUGCUUGCUGCAGGGGGACAAUGCCCUAAAGGCUUUUAAGAUCUCAAUGGCCUUGGUACUGAUUGGAACCAAUCCCAAUUUGUUUUUCUUGAAAGACCAAGGCCAGUAUCUGGGUCAAGAUCCAACCAAACCCAUCUCGUGCAAGCAGAACCCCAUCGACAUCCACCCGUAUACCUUUGAGUGUACCAAGGAGCCCGGGUUGUUUGCCAUGGGCCCGCUGGUGGGAGACAACUUUGUUCGAUUCUUAAAAGGUGGCGCUUUAGGCAUCGCUGCCUGCCUUCUUAAAAGACUGAAGAAAAAAGGGAAGCUCAUCGGUAAUGGAGGGAAUAACAUCAAGGAAAGCAGAUGUUUGGUGUAAAAAGAGAAUCAUGACUGCGCUGUUUCUUCAUCCAGGACAUUUUUAGAACCAAAAGACAACAUCUGUACAUCGGUCAAUUUCUAAAUGGGACAGUUUGAAUUUCCAGGAAUCUAAGCUACCAUGUGCCAACAGUUUUUCAAUAUGUCCAUUCUUUUUGGAACCUCAACAGUUUUUUUUUUUUUUGGUCAUGUAUUUCAAUCCAUCCACAUUUUCUGUCAUGUUAAGCUAUCGGGAGGAAAGGAUAUUCAAGAAGUAGAAGACUGAAAGGCAAAAAGGUUGUGGUCCC